CCGAUAUUUCUGCGAGCCUCACGCAUUCUGUAGUGCCCGAGAUGGGGAGAUAUAUAGCACCACCUUCCUAUUUACCGGUUUUCCGACGAUGUGCCAACUGAAUGGUCUAGUAUUGAGAUUGCCAGGGGCCUGCUGUGUUGGAACCAACGAACGUACUUCCGACUACGUAGUCAUGGAGCUCCAGUCUGAUGUGCAUUCAGCUCACAAGCGCCUUCGCGAUGAGCUUGCCCUAGCUGAAAUCCCAAAUCUUGAAGGUCAGUUUACUUUAGAGGAUACACAACGAAUGGGCUGGGGUAGUUUUGGUGAUAUAUACGUGGGGAAUUACCGUGAAAUUAGAGUCUGCAUUAAAGUAUUGAAGGAAAUCUCCGUUUUCGAUGAUCGUAGAUGGGAUCAGUUCCUCAGGAGGCUCAAGCGCGAGAUUCGGGUGUGGCGGGGCCUUAUCCACCCCAAUGUAGUCGCACUGUUUGGGUGGACCUCAAAAGUAAUACGGGACAACAUCAGUGUGAGCUUGAUCUCGACCUGGUGCGAUGGAGGGGAUGUCAAAAGUUAUCUCCGUCGACAUCCCACGGCAGAUCGCCAAAUCCUCAUCAAAGACACCUGCCAAGGUCUUUCAUACCUUCAUUCCAAGCGGAUAAUCCAUGGUGACAUAAAGCCGGAAAACAUCGUGGUGAUGGAAGCAACCGGGGUAGCAAGAUUGUGUGAUUUCGGCCUGUCGUCCCUCCUCGAUGAUCUACCCACAUAUGCGCCAUCUUCGAGCGUGGCCGGGACCCUGAGAUUCAUAUCGCCUGAACUAUUUGCUGGGGGGAAACGAAACGAAGCAAGUGACAUUUGGGCGUUUGGAUGCGCGGCCGGAGAGGUGAGGCAUCGCAUGCAGGAUAGGGGUUUGUCUCGCUGAUGCAUUGCCAAGAUAUUGCGUAAUGAGCGCCCUUACUAUCACAUCAGUUGGGAUUGGCAGCUUCUGGACGUUGUAAAAUCCACACCCCC